ACUAUCGCUUCUCCAAACCCCUCAAUAAUUACAGGAGAUUCAUCAUGUCCGAAGGCGGAGGCUGGAGCACCAUUGAAUCCGACGAGGGCGUCUUCACAUCCCUCAUCGAGAACCUGGGUGUCAAAGAUGUGCAAUUCGAAGAACUCAUCUCGUUAGAUGCCGACACAAUCCGCUCAUUAAGCCCCGUCUACGGCGUCAUCUUCCUCUUCAAAUGGGUCCGCGAACAACCCUCCGCAACGACAACGACAUCCUCAUCCUCCCAACCGGCCUCCGGAACCUACGACACCUCACCUCCACCCAGCCUCUUCUUCGCCAACCAGACCAUCCAGAACGCCUGCGGCACGCAGGCCAUCCUUUCCGUCAUCCUCAACCACGAUUCACCUUCUUCGUCCUCGACGACACCCGCCAUCGCCAUCGGACCCGAAUUGCGCGCCUUCAAGGACUUCACCACGGGCUUCCCGCCGGACCUGCUGGGCGAGGCCCUCUCGAACAGCGAGCCCAUCCGCACCGCCCACAACGCCUUCGCGCGCUCCUCGCCCUUCGUCGACGAGACCGCCCGGCCGCACCAGGACGAGGAAGGUGGGGACGUCUACCACUUCAUCGCCUAUACCCCGGUCAACGGCCGCUUGUAUGAGCUGGACGGGCUGCAGCCGCACCCCAUCUCCCACGGGGACUGUACCCCCGAGGACUUCCCUGAGAAGGUCAUCGGCGUGAUCCAGCAGCGCAUCGCCCGGUAUCCUGAAGGGGAGACGCGGUUCAAUCUGAUGGCCGUGUGUCGGGAUCUACGGGUCCGGGCCCGGGAGUUCGGCGACGCCGAGGCGCUGGAGACCGAAGAGCGCAAGCGGAGAGCCUGGGCGUGGGAGAACACGCUCCGGAAGUCGAACUUCGUGGGCUUCAUUGGUGAGGUCAUGAAGGGGGUGGUGGCGAUGAAGGAGCAAGAAGGUAAGUAUGAUGAGUGGGUCGAGGGGGCGAAGAAGGAGACGCAGAGAAAGUUGAUGCGGAGGUAAAACGGCCACUUCUCUUUGCGUCAUCUAGAGCAGAUGGAAUUUCCCCGUCUACGUACGCCUCCUUUGUGUUGAGGUCGAUUUAGAGUCAGUCAUGAUACUCCUGGCUAUGUAGGUAUGAUUGUGUAUAUGUACAGUACAAAUAAAAAUAACAUGUGGCGGAAG